UCCUCUAUCAACCGCACACAGCGAAAUUUCUCCAGAGCAGAAGAAAAAGAAAUCCCAAUUCAAAACCCUAGAUCUGUCUGCGUGUGGAAAUGUCGGGUCGUGGAAAGGGAGGCAAGGGACUGGGCAAGGGAGGAGCCAAGAGGCACAGGAAGGUGCUUCGGGAUAACAUCCAGGGUAUCACCAAGCCUGCUAUUCGCCGUCUGGCUAGGAGAGGCGGCGUCAAGAGGAUCAGCGGCCUCAUCUACGAGGAGACACGUGGUGUUCUCAAGAUAUUUCUCGAAAACGUUAUCCGCGACGCCGUGACAUAUACGGAGCAUGCUCGUAGGAAGACGGUGACAGCCAUGGAUGUGGUUUAUGCGCUCAAGAGGCAGGGGAGGACCUUGUAUGGGUUCGGUGGUUAAUUUGGUUUUGUAUUAUGCUCUUUUAGACCUGUAAAUCGGUUAAUUGUCAAUGCAGUAGUCGUAGGUUCUGGUCUAGAGUUCGUGCUUAUGUAGUUGGGUUUUUGCUUGUAGCGAAAACCUAUUAGCCUUUGGUUCAACUUAUGCUGAAUUCCUCUCGAACUAUUGUUUGAAUUUUCUAUGACAAUGUCACGUUCUAUGAGUGAUUUAUUUU